CAUGUUCUCACCAUUUCUUCUUUUCAUUCACCUGUUUGUGCUGCUACGAAGAUUUGUGAAAAAUGAGCCUUUAUACACUGAGGUUGCAGAUGGAGUGUUUGUUGGAGGAUGGCCUUCUUCGGUUGAACACCUGCCACCAGCCAUCACAAAUUGAGUCUGCCGUGCGAUGGGCUGUGAGAAAGCGGUCACAGAACAAGCCUGUCUAUGUCCACUGUGCCUAUGGUCAUGGCAGAAGUGUCUGUGUGAUGUGCGCGCUUCUUGUUGCAUUAGGAUUGGCUGAAGAUUGGAAAGCUGCUGAGCAAAUGAUCCGUGAGAAGCGACCUUAUAUUAGCAUGAACACUCUUCACCGCAAAAGCUUGGAGGAAUGGUCAAAACAUUUGCUCUCCUCUAAAAGAAGUGGGGAAUCGGAUGUGAGUUCUGUUAUCCAUUCGGAUUAUAACCAGAAAUAAAAUUGAACCAGCAAGAGACACGCGUGUUCAGUAACUGUGAUAUUUAAGAUGCAUUGUACAUUCGGUAGUAUUGUUUGCUGCUGUCCUAGUGAAUGCCUAUGGUUCAUUCUAAGCUAUCCUUUUGUGGUAAUUGUUUUGUAAAAACUAUAUGUUUCAAAUUAUGUCGAUACUGUAGCUUUACACUGCUAGUUCUUUAAGGAAGAUUUAGUGUCCUUGCCUCCUUUUUUUUUUCUC